UCCAAGGAAGUAUGGGCAGAGAUGGGAGACUGGGAGAAAACUCGCUAUAGGAAUGUGAAAAGGAACUAUAAUGCACUGAUUACUAUAGGUCUCCGAGCCACUCGAUCAGCUUUCAUGUGUCACCGAAGGCAGGCCAUCAAAUUCCAGGUGGAUGACACUGAAGAUUCUGAUGAAGAAUGGACACCUAGGCAGCAAGUCAAACCUCCUGGGAUGGCCUUCAGGGUGGAACAGAGUAAACACCAGAAG